GUUGUUGUUUUUUUAGGAGCAGAGCCCAUCCACAGACCUGUUUCCCGGUUGAAUCCACAGAUACGUCAAUAAAUAAACAAACCCGAAACGUCUGUACAGUAGUUGUCGUGGAACAAAAGCAUUUUGGCACAGUAGUUUUCACAAAAUGCGGCGUGCAAAUGAAAGGAAUGUGGAAAAGAAGUCACGGCGUGAGAGGCUACAUCGGGUCCCCCCGUUUUUUUUGUUGUGGGCGAGUGGUCCGGCUUGAAUGGCGAUGAAGUGAUCACCCCACUAGAAAGGGAGAAUCGCCGUGGGACUUUUCGUUCUUGUUCCGCACAGUAUGUGUGCCGUGCUUCAGGACAGCUGAAAAGAGACGACGGCAGGGGGAUAAAAAAACAAAAAACAAAACCGUGUCACUCUGUAUCCUGCCUGGGACGAGCUCAUCAAAAGCGGGCAAGUUGUGUCCGUCACGCAUGCGCCGAGGCGCUGCAACGCGAGUGCCCUGCGAGGAGGAGGAGGAGGAGGAGGUAGGUAAAAGUCCUGCAUCCAGGGAUGUUGUAUGAGCAGUUAAACUGCAUCAAGGGAGAGAGCUGAAACCGAGCCGGUCGAUGAGACUUCCACCGAUCACGGCUUUAGAAGUCUCCGGACUUGGUUGGGCGGGGGGGAACCGAAAAAUAAAAAAUACAUCAGCGCUGAAUCCUGCUUUGGGAAACGGAUUUUUUUCCCCCUUUCUUUCUGACAGCAGCGCUACUACUACUAGUAGUAGUAGUAACCUAACCCAGGAGCGACGAGCUAAGCGAAUGAGCGCUUGCCUUUCUUUCAAUCCAAUGGAUUGUGGCAAAAUACCAUUGUAAUGGUAAAAUGCACUCGGAAGAGGAAAAAAAAAAGCCUUACAAUCGAUCAACAGUGAAGCCUCCCACUGAAUCCAGUUGCACCGACUGAAAAACUUUUUUUUCCCCCUUCCACUCACCCAUUUUGUUUUUUUGGGGUUUUUUUUUUUCCUCCUUUUCUUCAUCAUUUUAUUGGAUAUCGAUUGGUGGAACAUGCGGGGAAAAAGUUGAGAAAACAGAAAGGCAGUUGUAUCCUGCAGGAAAAAAAAACGGGAUAUCUUUUUUUUUUUUAAUGCCGGGGUGGCAUUCUGAAAUUCGUUCCGAUGGCAGAUCGACCAGGAAUAAUGUUCGGAAAUGUUUUAUGACAGAGCGGUGGAGAAUCCCGCGUCGGCUUUGGGCAUCUUUAAAAAGAAAACGAAAACUCUCAUUAGCGCCUCGGGGGGGGAGUGUUUUACACGGCGUCGCCUUCUGUUUUGCGCUGUUUUGCGGUGUUACAGCGCGGCACACGGUUUCCGCCUCUACCCUCUCCGGUCAAGAGGAUGGAGAACAACUUCCACGGCUCAAGCGCGGUGACACAGAAAGGCCGAUUCAUCUACGUCGAGGCUUGUCUCCAGGGAGGCGCUCCGUGGGGGUUCACUCUCAAAGGUGGACUUGAACAUGGGGAAACAUUAGUCAUCUCCAAGGUUGAAGAAGGGGGUAAAGCGUCUAACUUACAGCACAGACUGCAGCCUGGGGACCAGGUGGUCAACAUCAAUGAUGUGGAGCUGAGUGGCUCACGGCAGGAGGCCGUCUCUCUGGUCAAAGGAUCCUACAAGACUCUCAGGCUCACUGUUCGCAGGGAGGGAUGUGGGGAUGAUCACGCCUGUGGGCCUGCUGCUCUGUCCACUCCCAGCCUGCCCUUGGACCACGCCCAGUGCCAAGACAGCCAGCCCGCAAGGGAAGAAGGGGUUAAGCUACGUGUCAGGAGCAGGCGGAGUGAACCAGCAUCCCGACCUCAUUCCUGGCAUUCGACCAAAUUAGCGGAGAGCCAACAGGAUCCCGGCAUGAUGCAAAUAUCUCGGGGCACCGUCGGCACUCCUUGGCACCAAACGUAUCAUUCCAGUUCCUCCACCACUGACCUCUCUGGCUAUGAGCACGGGUUCCUGAGGAAAAGUCCGGACCAGUACAGCUCUCGGGGCAGUAUGGAGAGCCUGGACCACAGUCAUCCAGUUUACAGCUCCUGCCACCAGCUCACAGCCUCAAAGUCAUCCAACAGCAUUGACCACCUGCAUAGUAAGAGGGACUCCGCCUACAGCUCCUUCUCCACGAGCUCCAGUAUCCCCGAGUACCCAGCCCCAGCCUUCAGUAAGGAGCGCUCCUACUCCAUGGAGAACAUGCACUCCCAGCGGGGCCCGGAGGGGAUGAGGCAGGCUGACAUCCGCUACGUCCGAACUGUCUACGACCCGCAGCAGGGAAUCUCGGAGGAGCACGAGGUCAGCUCCUCUGCUCUGGCCCGCAGCAAUGAAGCAAGGAUCCAGGCAGAGGCCAGGGGAGGCGGUAUCGUCCGCAGCAUGAGCAAUGAAAACCACGCGUCCAGCAGACACAGCGUCGGACCCGUUUGGGGCCAGACACAGAACAGGAUCCCAGAUGAGAGUGCCGGUGUGACAGGGCCCCCUGCCCCACCCAUACGCAGUGACAGCUAUGUUGCCAUUAAGAAUCACGACAGGCCCAACUCUUGGUCCAGUCUGGAGCAGGCCAGGUCCUCUCGUACCCUGCAGAAGGGAUCCUGGCCUCAUCCUGGCAUCUCAGGGAAGUCCUCAUUCUCUGCUGAGGGCCAGCUGCACACUGUGGUCGAGAAAAGCCCUGAGAGCAGCCCUACUACCAAACCCAAGCAGAAUAUUCCCCAGGCGACUCAACCAGGGAAACUCAUGCUACCCACAGGGAUCUAUCCAGUGCCUCAGAUGGAGCCUCACUUUGCACAGGCUCCGACCAGCUGCCCCAGUUCCAGGAGCCUGCUGUACCCAGUACUGGCAAAGGAAACCCGGUGCAGCUCACUAAGUAACCACAGCACAAGCGCGAUCCUGGAAGGGGCAGCAAAGGAAAAUGGAUACCAAAGCAAUGCUUCCACCUUAUCCGACCAAUCCCCUGGCUUUCAGCAACCAAAACUCUUCCUGCACCAGAAAGACAAAAUGCAUGAGGAGCCAGAAACCAAAUGCAGUCACUACAAGCCUCAUUUUAAACCUGGCGCUGAUGUGUACGUCUCUCAAGCAGAAAGGCAAGAGCACGGGUGUGUGCAUACUCCCCAGAGUGCAGAAGAAGACAGGAGGGAUCUGCCCACUGUAAACCAACAGGCAGAGGAAAGGCUGAGAUAUCCACAGGGCAAUGAAAUACCAGAUGAGCACAAAUGGAAAAGAGAGCCAGAGCAAACUCAAGCCGUGGAAGGAGGGCGUCAGCAUAGAGCCUCUUCUUUGCAAAAUGAUCAGGAACAUGACUUUUUUCCUAAAGGCCAAGCUGGCUUUGAAUGUGGGCAAAUGUCUUAUGGUAGCUGCAGAGAUCUUAGAAUCCCUUAUGAAGCUAAAACUGAGAUGGUCUCAAACCAAGGGAGUGAUCUCAGGGACCGACCCACCAUACGGCACCACAGUGAGACAGGUGUGUGGCAACAGCAGACACAGCCACCCUGGCAUGAAAAUGCCUCCGCUGAGGUUCCAAGACCGAGGAGCCCCAACAGCAGCAGAAGUAAAAGCGACAUCGCGACAAAGCGCCUUUCUGUGCUGGAGAAGGUCAACCAAAUUGAGCAGCGCAAGCAGAACCAGCAGCAACCCCACAGCACGAAUUCCCAUCAUGGCCUCACCUGGUCCAGUCGGCCCUCGAGAGGGAAAAACUCCUUUUCCAGCAUCGAAGACAUUCGGCACCGGCUGAAAAUUUCAGAGGGGCCUUGUGCUAAGGGUUUGUCCCAGGGCAAAAUGCAGGGUAAUGGUCUGGAUGGAAAACAUGAAGGUGGGCUGGAAGACUCGAUGCAGCAAAAAUAUAGAGAGCAGCACUUUCAGAGCAAACCAGAGAACAAGGCACUGCUGCUUCAGAGAAGUAAAAGUACCUUCCAAUUGACGAGUGAAGAGAACAGCAAAGAAUUUCACUGGAAAGAUGGCUUGCAGGACAUUUUAGGCACCUUCCAGGACACCUCUUUCAACAGGGCUUACCGGGACAGUAUUAAGGAUGCCCAGUCAAAAGUUCUACGCUCCACUUCCUUUAGACGUAAAGACCUGAGCGUUAACUCACCCCAUCUCAACAGACAUUUGUCUGUGGAGCAAGUAACGUCAAAUAAGACUAGCACCAAACCUGGUGGGGUGUCGCCUCACACCCCGAGAGAAAGACACGUUGUAACUCCUGAGGAGGUACCUCCCGCGCUCCCAAGCACCCCUGCUGUAGGGCCUUCUUUUCCCCGAAUUUGUGGCCGCAAACGAUUGACAGCAGAACAGAAGAAGCGCUCCUAUUCAGAGCCGGAGAAGAUAAACGAGUUAGGGGUAUCAGACGCAUCUCAGAAGAAGGGUCCGCAGACCUUUCUUUUUCCAGAGACGAGCGUGGCAGACCGGCGGAAGAUGUUUGAGCCCGAGGGGAAGAGCAGGUCUGUGCGUAGCCCCGGCGUCUCUCGACCUGAGCUGAAACAUCUGCAGCAGACAGCGCUGGCCGAGUACGUUGAACGCAAAACAGCACACAAGUGGUCAGGGAAGAAUCGCCCUCAUAGUUCCUACCUUCAGCCCUACAACUUUGAUUCACAAAGCCUCUCCUCAGCUUCCAGUCUCAGCUCUCUGCAGGAACAGAGCAACCAAUGGGGCCCAUCAGCGGAUAGUCAUCCCAGGACAAAGAGGGUCUCCUCCACCCUGCCUCCUGGUCUUCAGGGCUCCAGGUACCUGAGUGGGAGCCUGUCACGACAGUUCUCCUAUGACAUUUCCUGCUCCAGCCAUGCCCAACCAGACAGAAAUCCAGAGUUCUGCAGUUCAGAGAGGGAGCUGAAUAAGCUUAGUAAAGGUGAGUCCUUAAGAAGGCGUAGCAAGUCCCAGUAUGCACCCCAUCAGCAGCAGCCGGAGGUGGCUUUUGAGAGAGGAUCUACAGCGAGGAGUUCUGGGAAGUCUGCAUCUGCUGAAGACCUUCUAGAACAUUCCGAGAAGAGGCCUGUUCCACAUCACAUUCGAUCAAGAUCCUCGCCGUCUGUGGAAACACGAGAUCGGGACUUUGUGACUGGAGUGAAUCAACCUUUUGGUAUCUUAUCGAAGCAGCACCUUGCAUCUGCUGGUAACGAAAUAAGACAAGAGGAAAAGACAUUAACACUUCGAAACGACAGAUACAUGGCCAAUCAAGUGACCCCUUCCUCUAGCAGCGCUUUGUUGUGGAGAGAGAAACCGAGUCAUGUGGACCGACAGACCCCCUGCAGCACUUCGGGUGCAGCUCCUCUGGGCUGUGCCACCAGGCGGGAUUCCCGGGGCAGUACGAGCUCCAGCUGGGAUGCACUUGAAAGCCUGGGCCAUGUUACCAGUUCACCUCCCCUAUGGGGAUCUUCUCCCAGUCUGCCGAUGGGAUUGGGAGGCAGGUUCCAAGGCAGGGCCCCAGAGCCUGAGCCAAGUUUCAUAAGACAGAGCUCCUUGGACACCAACUCAUCCGAAGAAACUCUCAAGGACGUCCAGAUGGAGGCCUGUGGCCCACAGACAACCGUGGCCCCAAAGACGACGUCCUUCCGAAAGGCGGAACAGGUCCCGUCCUCCCCCCAAAGACUGGUCCGGCGCAGUCCCAUCGCAGGGGAGGUUAACAGCUCCUCUUCGGAAACAGAAACCCCCUUCUCCUCGCUGGCCCACCCCCUGCCCUCCCUGCGAAUUUCGGAGUCUAAUCUACAGUUCUCCCCCACUUCCGGUUUCCUGCACGGCGACGACGAAGUGUUCCUUCAGGAGCCCCUGUGCGAGCCUUCCUCGCCAGCUCUGCCCUUCCAGCAGCCCGUGAGGGAGACGGAAAUUACAGAAGACUUCCCCUACCCUCCUCCGGUAAUAGCAGAGGAGCAGGGCACCCUGGCUACACUGUCUCCCACAGCACUGCCACAUCCUGACAGAACCGAGAGUCCUGAUGGAAAGGACUUUCCUGGAGUGACAGAAAGGAAAUUGUCCUCUAGCUCGACACCAAACUGCCCUUCUGACAGCACAUCCAAGGUCAGCACAACAAGCCCGGAUGCUGCGAUUUCAAUAUGCGAGGAGGGGCCCAGGCCACCAGCAGACAUUGGCAAUGAGAGUGGAGGUUUGGUGGCAGAUGAAGACCUCUGCAGCUCUGAUGAGGACCUUGAGACAGACUCUCCUCUGCUUGGCAAGCAGGAGAAGUCUCCCGAGGAGCUGAGGUCAGAACUGUUAGCCAAGGAGAUUGUCUCCAAGGAUAAGUCUCUGGCCCACAUCCUUGACACCUCCACCAUGAAGACCACCAUGGACCUGAUGGAAGACAUCUUCCCCACAGGCAGCCUGAUGCAGCAGCAGGCUCACAGUCAGAGAACCGGGAGGAUGGUCUGGAGAUCUUCAGCAGAGGGUGAUGAGAGAGAGGAAGAGGAGCCUGCUGCGGGAGAGGAGAGGAGUGCGGGACCCUCUUCCGAGCUGAGCAGGCGGCUGGAGACCGAUCUGGACGAGCUGGACCCGGACGGCACGACAGAUGUCAAUCAAAAGAAGGUGGAGCUCAUGGGCCUCAUCACGCAGCAUCUGGAGGCCCUGCGCGGCGCGAAGGAGACCCUGGCGGCGGAGCAGAAGAGGAUCAGCGGGCUGGGCAGCACCAUGGAGGCCCUGGUGCAGGACCGGUGCAAGCCCAACGAGUGCGACAAGUACCGGAUGUUCAUCGGGGACCUGGACAAGGUGGUGAACCUGCUGCUGUCCCUGUCGGGCCGGCUGGCUCGGGUGGAGAACGCCCUGAGCGCCGUGGGCCGGCAGGCCAGCGCCGAGGAGCGGGAGGCCCUGCAGCAGAAGAGGAAGGCGCUGCGCUCGCAGCACGAGGACGCCCGCGAGCUGAAGGAGAACCUGGACCGGCGCGAGCGGGUGGUGCUGGACAUCCUGGGAGGGUACCUGAGCCCCCGGCAGCUCCGCGGCUACCAGCGCUUCGUCAGGACGAAGUCCGCCCUCCUCAUCAAGCAGCGGGAGCUGGACGACGAGAUCCGGCUGGCGGAGGAGCAGCUGCAGUGCCUGAUGGACAGUCUGCCGGCUCCCUGCGCCCCCAGAGCCGCCGCCCCCUGUUUACCGACCACCGUCACCUCGCUGUAGCGCCUCGGCCCCGCUGGGCUUAAGGAGACAGAGCACCCAGCCGGCCCGGCGCCAGCGCUGCGGGCCGGCACUGGGAAAUGACGGGUGCAGAAAUAUCUGAGGAAGACGCCCCCCUGUGGGGGAUGAGAGUAAAUUCCUUCCCGUUUCACGUGCGCCGUUUUGGAGACGGAUCUGAUGAGAUGGGGGUCUCGGCUUCUAACUUGGAGGGAGAAAUAAUACGCCUGAGAUCACUCUUAAAGGACAUCUAUGUAGCUGACUGUGAAGGGCUGCACUGCUCUCUUUCCUCCGUAUUAAGUUUCUUUUUUCCCCCCUCAUAUCCUGACUGUUGUUGGCUGUAUUAUAACAAAUGUUAGAGUGCGGCCGCCCCGUGUGAGAGGUGAGGACUUCCCGCCCACUGCCGUGUUCCUGGUUUGGAGUAAAACCACACACAAGGGCCGAAUUCGGCAUUAGCAGUCUCCCAGGUCACGAUCUGCCGUGUUUUACUCAUUGUGACUGAAGGACUUCAGGGGUGUGAAAACUGUUUUCUGACAGGCUAGGGUGGGAAAGAAACAGAAGGAAAAAAGAAAUGUUAACACUAAACUGAAGGAAAAAGGAAAUGUUAACACUCACACAGCUGUACUUUUUUAUUAUAGGGGACAUACCCCCCUUGUGAAAAAACGUCUUGCAAAGAGGAGACCAUUUUUUCACAUUUUUUCAAAAACACUAAAUUGCAAAUACUGAAAGUUGAAAAUGUAUCCUUAAACCUUUACUGCUAGCGAGAUGGUUUAUUUACUGAUAUUUUCCGGGAUGAUAUUUUCCAGAUGCCCCAGGGCUUUUUUAGUAGGUGAGGUCAAGAAGGGUUUCUGCGUGUACCAGCUGUGGUGGCAGUGGUGACAACCAUCAGUCAGACUUGUUUUUCUUGGCCAAAUAGCAGGAAAACCCCGAUACAUGUUUAACAGGUUACCCUUUACUGGACUUGAACGUUUUCACUGGGGGCCUCGAACAAAAGUUUUCACCCACACUAAAUGUACUGUAGCUCCACAUUCAUACUGAAGACGAAGUACAUGCAGUAAAGGAUGCUGUCAAAAACAGAAAUGGUGGAUCCAAACUGAAGACUAUAAUAGACUCUCCAUGUAUCCCUUGGUAACAGGAGAGAGGAAUGUAGGAAUGGGACUCGGAAGGAGGUAGCGCUUCUAUUGGUGUUUCCUGACAUAUUUGAUCACUUGAAAACGUUCUUACCAGUUAUCAAUUUUCUUACUUUAGAAGAAGAGUUGGUUGUUUUAAUUUAGUCUCUAAAAAUGCUCAGUAGCUUCAACAGUAUCAGAAGAUUACUGCGUUAAUUAUUUAUAUAUAUUUUUAUGCAAGUUGCUGUAUAUACUGUAUGCUAACCUUUCUUGAUUCUAGUGCUGUAAGUAGAAAAAAAAUCUAAUUUUGUAUUUUGUGAAAGAAAAAAAGGUUCUGUAGAAUGUGAGAAAUUGGAGAACAGGAUUUGCUUUUGGAAAGGAAAGGCCGUAUUCAGCUUCUCCGCUUGCAGAGAGAUGAUAAGGGUUUUAUUUUUGAGAGUCUGGGACUAAUGAAGAUGUUCUGCCUUACAAAGGGCACGCUAAUGCCUGGCAAUUUCCAUACACUGUUGUAUAAACUGUUCAAUCUGAUAUUUCUAAACUGAAAAUCAGGCUUCAGGAAGGUUUAACUAGUCUCCCAUACCCUUUUUACUGUCCACAUAAUGUUCAGUUUUAUUUGAGCAGAGGAGUUACAUGUUUUGGAGUUGAGCCAGUAUCUCGUGAUCAGUCCUGACACUGUAAACUUCCUUGACCAACUCUUGAAGCAUUUAAAAGGAGUUCCUUAUGGGAAACAUUAUAGUUCUAGAUAAAUCAUUUACUCACAAGCAUUCUUCCAUUUAAAUUGUACAGAGAUCUUCGCAAAACACGCUUCCAUUUUAAUUUUACAGAGGUAUGAUUCUUAAAAUAUCACGAUUGUUCAGCUACUGAAGGUCUUGAAACAAUGUAUUUAAUAGGUUAGAAAAGAGGGUAUAAAGCAUGGAGUUUUAUCUGGGGGAAAAAAGCAAAAUAUUUUGAAAAAGACAAAAAGCCCCUUUCUAACCCAUAAAAAGGCUGGUGCUCCUCCUCUGUUGUAUGACCAUAUGAGUCAAGAGUCUUUGCAAUAUUCUCUCCACCAAACUGUGCAAUGAACAGUUCAGGUUAAUGGCUGUAAUUGAAAUGUUCAAUUUUUAAGCACAUCAUUUUGCCAAAUAUAAGUUUACAUGACA